ACAUCGACCGGAAUGACGAAAGUCGGCUUGUCGUCGCAAGAAAUUUCCAGGAGCAGGAGACUAAAAAAAUGGAAUAUACGUCUCAAACAUGUGCACUGCACGCAAAAGCUAAGUCAGCUCUCUUUGUCUGGUCAAUAUAUGUAUCCUUCGAAACCUGAAAAUAACCAAAAGCUAAGCGGAGAAAAAAGCGGAAUCUGCAUAAUCCACUUUGAGCUUUGAAUCUCAGCUUUGCGACCUCUAUCUGGUUCUCUCAAUUACAGGUGUAGAUUUGAUUGAAAAUGGGGAAUGGGGAAUCAACAUAUGAUGAGCCUCGCGACGAAGUCCCACCUCAUCAACCGCCCUCCUAUGCAGGAAGUUCAAUGAAUCAUACAACCUAUCAACCUAAGCAGCAGUCCACAUACAUAACAGACAACUUCAGCACUUUGGAUGAGGUGAUAUCUGCACUCAGAGAAGCCGGCCUUGAAUCAUCAAAUUUGAUCCUUGGUAUUGAUUUCACAAAGAGCAAUGAGUGGACAGGAAGGUAUUCAUUUCACAGGAAAAGCCUCCAUGCAAUUGGUAACACGCUGAAUCCAUAUGAACAAGCAAUUUCAAUUAUUGGUCGCACAUUGUCUCCUUUCGACGAAGAUAAUUUGAUACCGUGUUUUGGUUUUGGUGAUGCUUCGACACACGAUAAACAUGUGUUCAGCUUCUAUCCUGAUCACCGACCUUGUCUUGGAUUUGAAGAAGCUCUGACACGAUACAGAGAGAUUGUUCCAUACUUAAAGCUUUCAGGUCCAACUUCCUUUGCUCCAGUUAUUGAUACAGCGAUUGAUAUUGUUGAGAAAAGCAAUGGGCAGUAUCAUGUUCUUGUUAUUAUUGCAGAUGGCCAGGUUACACAGAAUGCUACAUCACCUGGAAGAUACAGUCCUCAAGAACAAGCAACUCUGAACUCCAUAGUCACUGCUAGCCAGUAUCCCCUUUCAAUCAUUUUGGUUGGUGUGGGGGAUGGACCUUGGGAUGCAAUGCAACAAUUUGAUGAUAACAUCCCUCAACGCUCAUUUGAUAACUUUCAGUUUGUCAACUUCACAAAAAUUAUGUCUGAGAACAUGGACCAAUUAAAGAAGGAAGCAGCUUUUGCUCUUGCUGCCCUCAUGGAAAUUCCCUCACAGUACCAAGCAACCCAAAGCCUUCACACAGCGAGUAGAGAAUUUGUCGGUGGUCUACCUACAAGGCCACUACCACCUCCACGUGAAGUAAUCGAUCAUGAUAAUGUAGUCAGUUCACGACCACAGAUGACAACUUUUGAAACAGAUGAACCAGCAGCCCCAGUAGAAUUGGUCUGCCCUAUCUGCUUAACAAAUCCAAAGGACAUGGCUUUUGGUUGCGGCCAUACGACUUGUAGGGACUGUGGUGUGAGCAUUUCAACGUGUCCAAUUUGUCGACAAAAUAUAACUACGCGCCUGAGACUAUAUACUUGAGCUGGAGAUUACUUCCUCAUCUUCGAGAUUGAAGCGCAUGUGUGGGUACAGCAUUGUGCAUACCAUCACCAUAGGUUUGAAAAUUGCACACAGCAUUAUUUACCUAAUGGUCAGCAACAAACCUCUCUUUCCUAAAAUAUAUAUCUUUGCUAAAUGGUUUUAGGGCAGUUGAUGGCAUUUAUAUUCCAGUGGCCUUUUUUUUUUCAUUUUUAUUUUCGAUUAUGUUGUUGUAAAAUUAUAAUGCAAUGAAAUAUUUAUUUGCUAAUCUUCUAAGUGA